AUAAGUUAUAGAAAAACGUGAACAGAUUGUACAAAAUCUUUGGUUUUAAAAGAUUGUUGUCUUGUCUUCGGAAUUUAAUUCCUAAUCUCGUCCAAAGUCCUUAGAGUGUCCUAAAUCUGCAUAGCUUUUUAUUACAAAUCUGAAUAGUGCUUAGAACUUAUUGACUACAAAAGCUGCCAGAGCAAGCUAUUAAAAAUGUGUGAUAACCAUUCCCGUUUGCACAAAAGAAAACUAAUUUUGAAAACGAGACCUUUUAAAGAGAAAUCUAACAACGCGUUUUAAAAAGUUAAAAGAUAAAAAUAUAUUAAAAUUUUAAUGUCCCAUUUUACACAAAUUGCAUUUUGUAAGUCAAUUACACAGAGAACAACGAUGGAACUAAACAUUGAGAAAACUUAAAAACUAAGGAAUCGCCAAUCGAGGUCCUGAAUUCAGCAUGGCCUCGUUGGGCUUUUGCAACAGAAGAUAUGUCCGACUGUGCCUCGUUCUCAUACUUCUCAGUGUGGCACUUCUGCUAAUUUGUGGCAACUUGCAGCAGGCUCAGAGUCUUGCCCAGACACCCAAACCCAUGGACCCGAAAACGUAUCCAGCAGCUCCCAACGCAGGCAGCCAUGAGGAGUAUGUGGAGCUACCCAAAGUCCCCCUGCGAGAGGACUCUCCCCGCACCAAGGAACUGCAGCUACUGCUUAAGUGCCGCAACCGAUCGCUCCGCUUCCAGAGACUGCAGCACGGGGAGUACUGGCUCCUCCGGAAUUUGGUGAUUGGACGCAAGAGUCGUAACGCCGGCUGCGCCGAGACAAUGACGUACACCACCAACGGGGACUACUCGUUCUUCGAUAAUCUUGAAACGGUGGUCUCGCGUUGGCGCGCUCCCGUGAGCUUCGCCAUCCAUACGCCUGGAUACGAUUUGAGUGUUACACUGGAUGCGAUUCGGUAUGUCCGGAAUUGUUUGCCGGGCAGCGAGAUCAUCAAGGACUGGGUUACCUUCCACGUGUACUUCUCCAACCAGCAUAUGCCAGUCAACGUGCCAUAUGACGAGGCCGGGGUCCUGGACCAGCCGUCAAGCUGCACCCUGGCCAAUGGAUCCCAGGUUCCGCCGCCCUACACUCAAAUCGCCCGAAACGAGAGCUACAAGGUCAGGGCCAACCUCACCUACCCGAUCAAUGUGGGCAGAAACAUAGCCAGGCAGGCGGCCAACACCCACUUCAUCUUCGCCUGCGACAUCGAGUUGUAUCCCAGCCUGGGCUUUGUGGACCAGUUCCUGGACAUGGUGGCCCAUAAUCACAGUGUCCUGGCCCUGGACCCCAAACAGCCGAGAAGGGUGUAUCCCCUGGCCGUCUUUGAGAUCGAGGCGGGAGUCCAAGUGCCCGCCGACAAGUCUGAGUUGUUGGCCCUCUUUCGAAGGCAGCAGGCACAGGUGUUCCACUUGCACCUUUGUCGCACAUGCCACACGAUUCCAAGCCAGCGAGAAUGGCUCAAUCUGACUUCUGGCGCAGAGGACCAGAUGCACGUGUUCAGUCAAACCCUGCGGAAAAACCAGUUCAAAGCCUGGGAACCAUUCUACGUAAGCGACAACACGGAACCAUUCUUCGACGAGCGAGUUACCUGGGAGGGACAGUCGAACAAGCGCAUACAAAACUAUGCAAUGUGCCUGUUGGGCUACGAAUACCACGUCUUGAGUCCGGCAUUUCUAGUGCACAGUCCUGGGAUUAAACAAUCCAGCGAAGGUGACUCGUCUCGUCGUGAAUUCGCGAAGGAAAUGAACAAAUUUAUCAAGAACAAAAUCGAGCCCGAGUAUCGCGUGCUGUUUGGACAGAAUAAAGCCUGCAAGACGUGACAUCAGUCUCUCUAGGCUGAGAAGCGAGUAAUAUUCGAACUAUAGUUAUAGUUUGGAUAUCCAUGUUAUUUAUUAUACAUACAUAUGUACCUAUUAAACGACAUAGGUUGUUAUGUGCACGGGUGCAAGGUAUUGCGAUGUUAGUUGUCUUAACAUAAUUGAUGUUAGUGUGAGACGUAUAUUUAGUAUAGAGUAGUAUAGGUUAAUUAGUACCAUGUUUUAAAGAAUGACUUGAUGACGUCUAAAAUAAAAAACGAAUUUAUAAAUGAA